AUGGAGCCAAUGGGAAGUUGGACGAACCGACUUCAAACGCCUCCCACCGUGCCCGUUGCCCCUGGCCGGACGGCGUUUGUCAUUGCGAAUUCCAAGGCCAUGGGCGACAGCUCCUUCUGCAGCUAUAAUGACCAAAAGGUGGUCUCUAAAGCAUUUUGUCUCGUCUUGAACAAUUCGUUUACUCGUAUGAACGCCGGCAUCGAUUCCUCGGCGGGGAUCCAGGAUGCGCAUUCCCAACACAUCAAUUCGGGGCUGUUCCCGAUUGGCCUGCCUGCGAAGACGGUUCCAGUGUUGAGAUCGUGCUUCGUUGUGCAUGUCAUCUUCGUCAAUGCAUCGUGCCAGAAAACCCAGUUCUCUUGGUGGGGAGUCCCACGCAUCACUCUUGCCGACUCGGUGACGAUGUGCUCGAUGAGUGUUGUCACACAGAAGUGCCCUGCCAAGGCAGUGAGCGAUCAAUUACCCUCUCCCAAUCGUCCCCAUAACGGGAUUGACUUCGGGAGUGGCGAGCAUGGCCUGAGUUUGGAACGCCUGCAGGCGCCGCAGACUGACACCACGUAA